CAUCAUGCGCUUAGCAUGCAUGCGGCGCACAAUGCCUCCUGCUAAAUCCCACGUCAACCACCGCUCGGCUCGAUGAUUCGUUGAUUGGUUCCCAGCACCAUGUCUCUGAAACUUUGUCAAGAUCAGGUCAUACGAAUCAGAUGUUCUUGGCCGCAGCCAUGUCGUCGUCCACCUCGUCGCCGCCAGACACCUCUGACGACGGCUCGGCGGCAACCGGCACGGCCAGCUCCAACAUCACGCUGCUGUACAUCAUCAUCGCCGUCCUUGUCGGUGUAAUACUGUACAUGGCCAUCCUCUACGGCCGGUCGGUCCUGGCCGAGUGGCGCCAGCGCCAGGCAGCCGGCCACGGCACGACGCACGACGCCCAGCUCGGGCUCAGCAUGGAGGACAUCGCCGCGCUGCCCACGUUCACGUACCGAGCGCGGGCUGCAUCAGCGUCGCCACACGGCGGCGGCGGCAACGGGAGGAGGAGCGGCAGCAAGGGAAUGGCGGCGACGGUGGAGUGCGUGGUGUGCCUGCAGGAGAUGGAGGACGGCGACGUCGUGCGAGUGCUUCCGUCGUGCAGGCACUUCUUCCACGGUCGCUGCAUCGACGCCUGGCUGUGCGCGCACUCGUCGUGUCCGGUGUGCCGCGCGCACCCGGAGCCGGAGCGCGCGCGGCUGGGGGAGGUGGCAGUGUCGCCACCACUGCCGCAGCUACGGCGGUGCGGCGUGUCACCAGAGCGGCCUACGUCGUCGAGGGUGCUGGCGGACAUCCUGGCGCGGUCGCCACUGCGGAGCAGCUGCUCGACGAGCGGAUCGAAGGAGAUGAUCUUAUCCAAGUCGCCAUCUCCGAGGGUCCAAUUCGGGUCGAGGUCUCCUUCUCCAACGCCGAUGACAUACGACAGAGUGGACGAUUGGUGGACAAAGUCACCGCCGCCGGGGGUUUCAGAGAUUGUGGUUGUCCCGUCCAACUCGCCGUCGCCAAUAAGGUUCAGCAGGCAGUUGUCAGCGAGGAGCAUUGGAGUGUUGGAAAGUAUGGAGGUGAUUACGUCGGCAUCACCGUCGCCGGUACUAAUUAGAGAGGGUGGUGGUUCGCUGUCGAAGUCGCCGUCGCCAGCGCCACACGUUGAGCAGGUGCGGAAAUGCGCAGGAACAAGGCGAUAGAAGGUAAACAGUAUUGAGAAGAAGAAAUCCCACAACUUAAAAUUUUCAAAUGAUCAAAAAUUUGCAACCGAUGAUCAGUUAUUCAUGUGAAAUACACAUUCUCUAGUUUUCAUUUACAUAAUGGCCAGAAACUCCAUGAUAGAUGGCUGGGAGCAGACGAUACUGACUGGCUCCUGUUUGCAACAUCCAUUACAAUCAGAGUGCUUGCAGAUGAUGUGAACCGUUCGUUGACUAAGAUCCAACGCUCCACGACGAAAGAUACCAACGCUCCAAAUACUGAUGGUGGAAGAGUGAGAAAGUAAUUUUAUUUGCUGACAUAACCGGAUGAAGAAGGGCAAAAACGUCUUUAGGAGGCUAGUACGGCGUCAUUCUUGUAAUGUUCAGAUUUACGUUCUUUUGUUUGUUCUCGGUUCGUCCUCUUGUCUUGUUGCGAAGAUUGUGCCGGAGGUCCCAAAGAACACGAACUCCUCGGCAGCAAGGUAUCGAGGGAGAC